CGCGACUCCGCCCUAUUGCGCACAGCAACCCGGCGCUGCACAGGGCUCUCGGGACACCGCUGUCUGCCCUUCGCUAUGGCUGCCGUCAGGGCUCUGGUGGCCCCGAGACUGGCUUCUGCGCUCUCGGGGCGCCACCGGGCUCCCUCCCAGCGCGCAGCCCUUCACAGCUCCGCGCCGCGGCCCGUGGCCAGGGUGGCGUUGGUGCUGUCGGGCUGCGGAGUCUAUGACGGAACCGAGAUCCACGAGGCCUCCGCGAUCCUGGUGCACCUGAGCCGAGGUGGGGCAGAGGUCCAGAUCUUUGCUCCUGAUGUCCCUCAGAUGCAUGUGAUUGACCACACCAAGGGGCAGCCUUCUGAGAGCGAACGCAGGAACGUUCUGACAGAGUCGGCAAGGAUCGCCCGAGGCAAGAUCACCAACCUGGCUCAGCUGAGUGCUGCCAACCAUGAUGCCGCCAUUUUCCCUGGAGGCUUUGGAGCUGCCAAAAACCUGAGCACAUUCGCCGUGGACGGGAAGGACUGCAAGGUUAACAAGGAAGUAGAGCGUGUCCUGAAGGAGUUCCACGGGGCUAGCAAGCCCAUUGGCUUGUGCUGCAUCGCUCCUGUCCUCGCUGCCAAAGUGAUCAAAGGUGUCGAGGUCACUGUGGGCCACGAGCAGGAGGAGGGUGGCAAGUGGCCUUAUGCUGGAACUGCGGAAGCCAUCAAAGCCCUGGGCGCCAGGCACUGUGUGAAGGGUGUGACCGAAGCUCAUGUAGACCAGAAAAACAAGGUGGUCACGACCCCGGCCUUCAUGUGUGAGACCGCUCUCCACCACAUCCAUGACGGGAUUGGGGCCAUGGUGAAGAAGGUGCUGGAACUCACCGGAAAGUGACGCUGCCUGGGCCAUACUUGGCCUCCUUUGCUGUGGAGCUCUCAGCCCUUCCGGGCACCAGCCAGCCAGGACACAAGAGUUGCUUUUCUUUUAGGAGCAUUGACGUUUUUCUGCCUCAAGAGUUUUGCCUUCUGCCGUCCAUCCUGAACUUGACCCAGCUCCUCCUACCAGCAGGAAGCUCAGAGGUCCUCCCUGGGCCUCAAGUAGCAGCAGGAGCUUCAUCGGGGAUGCUUAUGUCACUGUGUGUCCCCAUUGGGAGGUCUGCGCAGCCUUUCCAGAGAGCACUUAAAUUCUGCAGUCCUAGAUCUGAUGGAUCAGGGCACUUAAGCCCUAAAAGGAGAUAUUUUACGUUCUAAGUCCUCUGGUAAUCAGAGAUACCUUGUUGAUGGUUAAAGGAAAGUCCUCUGAUCCAGAAUAAACUCCUUUCCACGCUGGGA